CACCCCCGGCAUUUUUUUUUCUGGACUUGGACAAGAAUUGCGAGUUGCAUUGGCUUAUCUCUCGAACCGAGAUGGGUACCAUCUCGAAGUAGGACAGGGGCAAGGGCGUGAGACCGACCACCGCGGGAGCCUGACCGGGACACCUGGAUGGCCGGCGACAAGAGUGAAAAGCAGUCGAAGGGGACGGCCAUUCAUGGCCGGGUAGAACAGCUCGACUUUGAUUGUUUCAUUUCCCGUCCGUAACUACCGGCGAUCGACAGUCAUGGAUUCGCCCACGGACGACAAGAUGGUGUGUGACACUCCGACGGACCGGUCCGUCGCAGCGUCGGAAGACAAGCCGGAGUGGGAUCGUCAACAGGAGCAGAAGGCUAAAAAGAAAAUCGAUCUCACCGUCCUCCCGCUCCUCGUCCUCGGCCUGCUUAUGUUCCAGCUCGAUCGCAUGAACCUCGCCAGCGCGCUCACGGCGGGCUUCGCAAAGGACAUCGAUGUCAGCCAGGACACCAUCAACCUCGGCAACCAGCUCAUGUUCAUGGGUACAGUCGUGCUGGAAAUCCCAUGCAACCUGCUUCUACAAUCGUUCGGUCCCCGGAAAUGGAUCUCUCUCCAGGUCCUGCUCUUCGGCCUCGUCGCCACCCUCCAGGUCCUCGUCAAGAACCGCGCCGGCUUCCUGGCCAUCCGCCUCAUGCUCGGCCUCGCCGAGGCCGGCUACAUCCCCGGGUCCAUGUACACCCUCUCAACCUGGUAUACGAAGAGCGAGCUGGCGAAGCGCAUCGCCAUCUUCAUGUUCGGCCAGUUCGGCGGCAACGCCCUGAGCCCCCUGCUCGCGACGGGCAUCUUGAAGUUGGCGGGCAAGGGCGGGAUGAAGGGGUGGCAGUGGCUCUUUUUGCUCGAGGGUCUUGCAACGCUCGGGGUGGCUUUGAUGCUCAUUUUCCUCCUCCCCGGAUCCCCCGAUACGCCGAAGCCUCUGGGAAGCCCGGGCCUCGUCCGCUUUACCACGGACCAGCGGGAGAUACUCCAAAAGAGGAUGCACGCCGACGAGCCUGGGAGCAGGCACGGCGUCCACGGCAUCGAAAUCCCCUGGGGCCUGGUCUGGAAGACAGUCAAGCACUACAAGCGGUGGCCGCACUACGUGUCCACCUUUUGCGUCUUUUCGACUUGGUCGCCGUUGACGACCUACACCCCCUCCAUCAUCAUGGCCCUUGGCUUCGACCGGAUCAGCGCCAACGCCCUCGCCGCAGUGGGCGCCUCUCUCGCCAUGGCCGUCGUCUUCGCGUUCGCCACGCUGAGCGACCGGACCAACAAGAGGGGAAUGGCGGUCAUCCUGGGACACGUCUGUUACCUGACCAUCUUGGUCGUCGCUCGCAGCAUCCACCCACACGUCGGUAAAUGGUCGAGAUGGGGUUUGUGGACAAUGAUCAAUGCAUUUGCCGUUUGCUAUCACCCGGCACAUAACACCUGGCUGCAGGUUAACUGUCGUGAUCCCGGCGAACGCAGCAUUGGAAUCGCCAUGUGGGUGAUGUCCGCCAUCAGCGGCCUGAUGGUCGGGUCGCAGUAUUUCAGGGGCAACGAUCUGCCGUUCUACGACAAAGGACUCCUGACUAUGAUCAUUAUGGUCUCGGUGGGCAUGACCUUCGCGCUCCUUCAAGAAGCCGUUUAUUUCGUGCACAACCGGCGCGUCGCCCAGGGCAAGCAUACGCCCAAAGACGGGUCGGAGCCGUAUGUGUACGUCUUUUGACCGACUUUAUCGACGUUGGUUUUCUUCAGCUGCAGAGAGUAUCGUGGCUUUGGAGGGCACACUGGGGUGUAAGGCGUCACAACUGGGGUUUGAACGUAUUUCAAAUGGCGAUCGAGGGGUAAACCAAAAGCGGCCGCCAGGAUUCACGUCUUCCGAAGGCUCACGAGAAUGAUUUACACGCGACAAGGAUU